UCUUCUCCCUGUCAGUCCUCGUUCAUCCCAUCUCUAUUCAACACCACCCAUCUCUCUUGCUCUCCUUCCUUCAUCCUUCUGUCUCUCUACCUCUCCUCUCCUCUCUGCUCUGCUCAGCUCUUCCCAGGGUGAUGAUAGCGAUGAUGAUGAUGAUGUGACACUGUGGCCAGCCAAUGAUCACGCAAGGAGGGAGCAGAAGGGGUGUGUCUAGAGGCCGAGCUCGGAGCUGAUCGAUGCUGGGGAGACUGAGGAGGAAGAAGGGGAAGAGGGGGAGGUAGAGGAGGGUGGGAGAGGCCUUGUCCGAGCUAAGGAGUGCCGACACUGGGUUAAUAAAGGGGGAGAAAAGGAGGAGGCAGGGGGAAGAGGAGGAGGGAGGGAAGAAGCUGUCGCCUGUCAGAGGGGGGAUCAACCUGUGCUGUCAUGGACAAAUAUCGACCAAAGAGACCAACCACCCUGGCUCUGUUCCCACAGCUGCCACAAGCCGGCACCCAGGACUCCAUCAACAACAACUCUUUGGGCAAGAAGGACAGCUGGAAGGACUCCCACUCUUCUUCCCCACACAUCACAGGGGAUCUAACACCAGUGGAUGUCCAACCAAAAGCGGAGGACAAAGUCCGGCGCAGCACGAACCGCCCAGCCCCCAAACCCCCUACAGCCAAUGGAGCCCACAGCAGGUCCAACAGCCAGGCCGCUGCCACCGCCGCAGACACACGCGCUCGACUGCGGGAGAGACAGGCGUCCGGGGCCGCGCACACACAGUCCUCCAGCGCCCCGAGGAGCCAGCGGAGAGGAGGAGGAGGAGGAGGGGGAGGAGGGAGAGGGGGAGGAAGAGGAGCGACAGCGAUGAAAGAUAGGAGCCUGGGGGACAUCAGAGGAAAGGAUGGAGUGACGGCAGGGAAGGAGGAGAGAAGAGGAGGAAGACUGUGUGCGGAGUCCAAGGCGAAGGAGAAGGAGCGGAAUGUACAUCAGAGGCCAAGAGAAACAAAUGGACCGAAAAGCCGGGGGGCUGAUGGGAAAGGAAAAGUAGUUGCUAAAGCGGGUAACAGAGGAGGGGGAGUCAAGCCAAAUAACGUACUGAUGAACCAGGAAGUUUAUCUGACAGCCAUGGUGGUUCCACGCACACCUGUAGCUCCAAGAACCCAGGACAAGACCCAAGACCAAGGCCAAAGCCAUGACAGGAGCCAGGAUAACCCCCCUGCUCUCUCCCGGUCCAGCAGCGAGGGGGGGUCAAACAGAAUGUCCCUCAGCUCAGACACAGAGGGCCCGCCACCGGGGCCUCUGCACCCCUCUUUAUCCAACCGAACCAACCCUGACAUCAGUGAGGAGGAGGGGGAGGGAGACCCCACCCCCUGCGUGAACGUUCAGAACGGUCCGACCCGCUGCCUCGCAGGUGAUGAGAAAACGAAGAUGGACUUUACCAAGUCAGAGGUGGACGCAGGGGGAGGCAAAGGUGACAGUAACACUGAGGUGAAAGGCACCAACUCCGUCACUCAGGGAGAUUGUGUGGCUGCUUGGACUGUACCAAAGAGUGAAGCUACAGCAGGGUUGAAUUAUGACUCUGUUAAAUACACUCUGGUGGUCGAUGAACACGCUCAGUUGGAGCUGGUCAGCCUCAAGGACUGCUUGCAUGGUUACAGUGAGCACAAUGACGACAGCGAUGGAGAGACCGUCUAUCAGUCAGCCAAUGAGGAGGAAGAUCCAGAGUAUGAGGAGGAGAGGAAGAGGAAAGAGGAGGCAAGGAAGCAAGAAGGAAGGAAAGAGGAGGAAAAGAGACGAAAGGAAGAAGAGGAGAAGAAGAAGAGGUGGGAAGAGGAUGUGAAGAGGAGGCGGGAAGAGGACAUGAAGAGGAGGAGGGAAGUUGUAGCAAGGAUCUCUAAGCAGUCCAAGGUUACGUCAGCCACAACCUCAGAGGAAGAGGAGUCUCACGGAGGAAGACCUGGAGCUCUCAGAAGCAGGAAGUUCCUCAACCUGUUUGCCAACAACAGCAGCAGCCACUACAGCGCCACUGGGGCUGGGUCAUUCGGUGUCUUCUCCUGUGUUUUGGAUGGAGUGGAGAGACAGCAGAGCCACAGAGCUGUCUACAGGUUUGUCCCUCGUCAUGCAGAUGAGCUUUACCUAGAGACAGAUGACCCGGUGUUAAUGCUGAACCAGUCUGAGGACUUGUGGUGUCAGGGUUACAACAUGAGGAGCGGAGCUACUGGCAUUUUUCCGGCCUUCUACGCUCUCAAGGUGGCCAAAGACAUUAACCCAGUCCAGAAAGACGGGUGGAUAGAGCAGUUCCUGGUGCGAUUCCUGGGUUCAGUGCAGGUCCCCAUCCACAAAGGCAACGACGUGCUGUGUGCUGCGAUGCAGAAGGUGGCGUGUAACAGGAGGUUAGCAGGUCCUCCUCCCUCAGCUUGUGUGUUGGAGGUCAGUGUGAAGGGAGUGAAGAUCAAUGUCCAGGACCAGUGUCACUCUGCUCACAGGGGGGAGCAAUGUUUCCACUUUUUCCAGUUGAAGAACAUUUCAUUCUGUGGUUGUCAUCCAAAACACAGCAAGUAUUUUGGUUUCAUCACAAAACACCCUGACCAACAGCGCUUCGCCUGUCACGUGAUGAUGUCAGACACAACAUUACAUCCUCUAGCCGAGUCUGUAGGGAGGGCCUUCCAGCAGUAUUACAAGGAGAACAUUGGCUACUCCUAUCCCACCGAAGACAUCUUCAUUGAAUAACACCUCUCCUCCAUCCUAUGUACUGAAUACUCACUCUGUGCAUGUAAGCUUGGUCUUACACCACAAACUGGACCACUGAUAUAUCUUCAUCAGAGUACUUGCAUGGUGGAUUUUCUUUCUUUCUUCGCUGCGUUCAGUGAUGCGGCGAGCCUUUCCUUCCUUUGGCCAAGUCACAAUAUGAAUACCUCUAUGGAUGGUUAGGAUCACAUGAGAUGUCCCCUACAGUGUGAGCAAGUGUAACAUAAAUCUACCCCAACUCAUACACAAAUAUCUGAUAUUGAUAUAUUUUAUAGGCUAAAAUUACUUAUAUGUAACUACACGUAAAUAUUGGAUGUAAAACCAUAUAGACAGCCUUCAGGGCUAUGGAGCCAGUUUAAUGACAGAAUGUUUACAUCAUCAGUUUCUGAACUUGGAGCCAGAGCCAAAAUGGUAAUCGAUUAAUCAUCUGAGUCACAUAUCAAAAAAACAAGAGUGAUCAUCCAUUUAGCCACAGCAGUGCUUUGAGCUUCUGUAAAUGCUAACGUCAGCAGGUAUCAGGCGAUAAAUCAAACUAGAUAAAGAACAGUAACAUUGGAAUCCAACCUAUAGCUGUUGAGACAUCUCACUCAAAAUAAAAAAAAAAGUGAUAUCUGUGAAGUCACACAGCUAACAUGGCUAAUAGAAUUGCUAAACAUUUGAUGGUUCCAGCUUCUAAAAUUAGAGGAUUUGCUGCUUUUCUCUGGAAUAUAUGAGCAUUUUUAAUCACUUUGGGCUCUUAUGAUGAGCUUCUCUUAUUUUUGACAUUUUAUUUGACAUUGACAUUUCAUUCUUUGCAUGAUCACACUUAAUAUUGUGACAUGAUGAAUGCACUUGAAUAAAAAUGAUCUAUAUCUGAAGCUUGAGUGCUAGUUUGCAGACAUAUGGCCCAUUUUGUCACUCCUAGCAACUUGUUUAAACAUAUCUUGUUAAACAUUGAGCACGCUAAGUGAACUUAAAUGUCCCAUAUUUUACACCUUUCCUUUGUUUUAUAUGAAGUGUUGAUCCAUCCAAAAACCAUCUCAAUGUAGUUUCACAUCUCCUCUCUCAGGCUUCUCUCUGGAGCUCUAGUAACAAGAGUUCGGUGAGCCAAUCAGAAGAGAGGAGGCUCUGAGACUGUUUUCUGAGCGAUCUAACGAUGAUUUCAGGUUGUGUGCAUUUCUCUGUGGACUGAGCACUUUGGUACUUUCACAGUGUUGAUAUAGAACCUAAACCUGCUCAAUAAUCAAACACAUGGACAUCUACCUUUAUACUUUAUGGGACCUUUAAGUAAAAGUUCUGAAUCUUUAAUUCCAGUUUUCAGACUUGUGAAUGUGUAAAAAUGUGAAGUAUGUUGACAAAAAGGAAGAAAUGAAUUGAAAAUAUGCAUGAAUUUAAUGAGCAGGAAAGGUAGCAAAACUUACCUAGAUGCUAAUGUAAGAUUUGUUUAUAAUACAUAUCUAUAUUAUCUGUCUACAUGAUAAAAAAAAUAAUGUCCCCCUUGCUGAGCUGCAUUGACCCUCUUGACCAAAAUGAAAUUCUAAAGUUGAGUAUCCAUUAAUUAGUAAUAUUUAUGAUCAACUGGGUGCUGAAGUCAACAAACUAGAUUUCCAGUCACAGAUAUUUUCAAGAGAAUUGCAGCUUGAACUUCAGUGUCAAACCAGGUUCAGGUGAGACAAUUCAUUCAUUUUAACAGAUGUCACUGAACAGCCAGUCAGCUGCUUGGAAAGGCAUCUGUGCUAACCACAAACACACACCUCAGAUAUCAUGUAAGAUCAAAGCAAGGCUGCACGUUUCUAAAAGGAUGUAAAGCUUCUGUCUUUAAAUUAGCUUCAUCCCUGACUCAACAGCAAAGAAGGGCUACUUAUUAACAACAAUUACCCCCUAUAGUUUCAAAGACAAUGCUUUGAAGGGGUAUACAACGAACAAAUGGACCUGCGUGUUUCUUUGCACAGAUGAGAACAGAUUGAUGUUUCCAAAAUAUAUAUAUUAUUCUAUAUCUUAUAACCCCCCAGACUUGACAAUCUACUGUUGAAGACAUUUGGAGUUACUGUUGAGGUGCCUCAAUUCUCUUCUCGCUCCUUUUUUCCCAAAUGUGGUUCCAACUACAAACCCUCUACGCAGGGUUUCUCUUUCUGAGCAAUGACAUACUUUUCCUUUAACUCUGUGUAAUAACAAAGGCCAAAUGAUGCUGUGCAAUUUAGUGUGUGUGUGCAACAGAACAGACUGGUGGGAACGGUGGGAUCACUGUAGAGUCAUGUCCAUGUCCGUACAUGUCACUUUCAGCUUAGACUUCUUUUGCAUUGCCUGCUCAAAUCUUGGACAAGUUGGGAUCAAGACAAUGUGGAAAUACUUAGUUCUCAUUAGACAUCGGAUUUACUUUUUUUUUGUUGUUUAGAUAUGUUUAAAAGGAAAUAUUGAACCUGGCUUUUAAGACCUGCCUUUGCAAAUUUACCCACAAUCUGGCGUGGUUGGGAGAACAGGGAGAAUUCAUUUUUCACACAGAUCCUCCUUGGUUUUGCAGCCAUUAGGAGAUCAGCUCCAGACUUAAAGCUGCACCAGUCAACAUAUUUAUUUCAACAAUUGAUCAAAUGACUAUGUGCAAUGUGGAAGGAGUCACUCAUAGAGAGUUAUUACCCAACACUGCAGCUACCCUCAGCUCCAUGAAGCUCUGUUUGCAGCCUGCCCAGCAGCGAACAGCAGAAAGACAAAGUUAGCAACUAGCAGUUGAACAUUGUGGAGUGUUUAGCAGCUAAAGAGUCUUAGGAGUUUGUGGAGGCCAAACCUAGAGCUAAAAGGAAAGUGAAUAUUGGACUUCCGUAUAUCUCAAACUUGACUCAGUGCUAAUGUUGCUGUAUGUCUGCUGGAUGUGUAAAGUGACAACUGUUUGAUUACACAUUUGCCAUUACAGCUUAUAUUAUGUGGCAUUGUUGUGUUCUCAGCUUGUCCUGCUGCCCCCAGGUUGCCAAAAAAAAAAAAUCAAUUCAUGCAGCUUUAAGAUCAAAGAUUUUAACUUUUUGACUUCCAGCCUGUAAGAAGUGGGAAAGCAUCUGCACAAGCAGUUAAACUAUAUAUUUGAGCAGGUAAAGUCAUUGUAAAGUCAAUGGAAAUGAAUCCUGAAAUGUUUUGUGUUUUUAAAAAAAACAGUGCCUUUUUUUAUUUUGGUGUGGUGAUGACGGCUGUCCUCAGUAAAUAUUUACCUGGUGACAUCAUGUCUCCACUCACGGCAUCUAAAUAGAUACAACACAUAGUCUCAUUCAGAUGAGUCGUCUUGUACCUGGAUAUGGCUUGGUACACCUAAGAUGGCUGCCAUGGAAGAUAAAGUGGGAGUGAGGAGAGCUGAUAUCAGGCCAGCAAGGGUUUAACUGGUAUAUGCAGCUGGUACUGUCCCUCAGUCACUCAGUCAUUGUGAUCCAAUGCUGUUUGACUGAUUAUAUAUUUACUGUAAUACUGGUCAACAUUACACCAGUUUUCUAUGCUAAGCAGUUAAUCUAAGAUGAGAUUUUGUGUGUGAAUAUAAUUCAAUUUUAGGAUCAUAAUUAGCAUUAGCGGUAUUGCUAAGAUUUUUGUGGAGAAUUCUCUGUCCCAUUAUUUCACUGCGUUUGUAGAAAAGCGAGAUAAAAAUGGUGGACAAAAUGCUACGUACUUGAGAAAGUGAUUGAAGGUACUGAACACAUAUACAAGGCAUGCAGCCUCUGCCUGAAGAUAGUGGUAAUGGUCCCCAAAACUUGUAGCAAAUGAACCCUUAAGACAAACCUUGACUAAAAAUCUUUCAUUCCUUGCCUUUCAGACUGCCAUUGACUUCCAUUAAUUUAAGAACAAUAAGAAAGUGAUUAAUAAUUUUACUUACAAAAUAUAAGAUGAGAAGAAGUUAUUGAUAGGGUAAAACAUGCACACUACUGGAGUUUUUAAGUCAUCAUCUUACUGACCUUUCCAUUGGCUGAGCUAAUGUGACCUUUUUAUAGAGGCACCAUAUGUAAUGUACUGUCCACGACAUUUUCAUUUCCAUGUCAGCCAUCUGAGGUGCACCAUGGUAAGUUGUUCUGAUCCACCAGAAAGUGUCCUUUCUAUGUAUUCCACUUCUGUGAUUCUAACACCAUGGGGAUCUACUGUACUUAACUCAUCAAUAUAGAUAUAUCCUGUAUAGAUACUGUAUGUAUGUAUGUAUGUUUGUAUAGGAGUUAUUGUAUGCUGUUGGUAUAACCAAAUCCUGGGUGUAACACCGCAUGAUAUCAAUGUUGUAAAAUGAGGACAAGUUGCACAGACUGGUGAUAGUGAUGGUGGUUAUUCUUGUCAAUAAAUCACGUUUACAACUGCA